UGCCGCUGCACUCCAGCCUGGGUAUAGAGUGAGACUCUGUCUCAAAACAACAACAACAAAGACAGUAUUUACAGCAUCAUCCCAUGUUUGUUUCAAAGUCCCAGUAAUUAAAAUAUAUUUAUGCAAAGAAUAAGUUUAUGGGCAAUUAUAUACCAAGAUAUUAAUAGUUCUCUCAGGAUAGUGGGGUUAUAGAUAUUCUUCUGAAUAUGAGUUAAGCUCCUACUUUGUGGCUGAUACUAUAGCAAGCAUUGUGGGAAAUAAAAGGGAGUAUUUAGGGUGAUUCCAUCCUUAUAGAACUACCUGGAUCUAGAUUUAACAAAAACGUGUCAGCCGUGUUUUCAUUUAACCCAUGCUAUGCUUAUGAAGGAAACUUAUGGGUCAAUUUAUGGUUCUCUGCCAGCAGUUUCUCUCCCUCACCCCUACUCACUCUACAUCCUUCCUUUCUUUCUAUUACCCAUUUAUCCAUCCAUCUACUUUGUUAUCAUUCAAAAACAUUUACCGAGUGUCUGCUCUGUAUUUAUGAACUGAUCAUGGAGAGAUGAAAAAGAUACUCUCUGCUCUCCAGAUGCUCUUUGUCUUCCUUUUUUUAAAAUAAACUUUAUUUUGGGAUAAUUUUAGAUUUACAGAAGAUAGUGGCAAAGACAGUACAGAGAAUUACCAUAUACCUUCACCCGGUUUCAGUUUUCUCUAAUGUUGUCACAUUAUGUCACCACGUUUCAUUAGUCAAAACUAAGAAGCCAGAAUUUUUACAUUACUAUUAACUCAACUCUAGACAUUUCCAAUUUCACCCUCUUUCUGUUUAGGAUCCAGUGCAGGACACCACAUUGCAAUUCGUUGUCAUGUCUCCUCCUUAGUUUCCUAUGAUCUGUAGUUGUUUCUCAGGCUUUCUUUGAUUUUUUGAUGACCUUGACAUUUUUGAGGAGUACUGAUUAGUUAUUUUUAUAGAAUGUCCCUUGAUUUGCGUUUGUCUGAUGUUUUCUUGUGAUUAGACUGGGGUUAUGGGUUUUUGGAAAGAAUACCACAGAGUGAAGUACCGUUAUCACCUGAUAUCCACGUGACAUCCUUGGUAAUGUUAAAUUGAUUACUUGGUUAAGGUCAUAUUUGCCAGGUUUCUCUACUGUAAAGUUACUAUUUUUUUCUUUGGAAGUAAAUCACUAAUUCCAGCUACCUUUAAGGAGGGGAAGGGUUACAUUUUGCUUCUGAAGAGGGCAGCAUUUGCAUAUAUUGUUUGGAAAUUUUCUUUAAGGAAGACUUGUCCCUUCACAUUUAUUCCAUUCUUUAUUUAUAUCAGUGUGGACUCAUAGAUACUUAUUUUAUACUUUGGGUUAUACUUCAACAUCAUAUUAUUUAUAUUGUUGCACAAAUUGUGCCAGCCUUGGCCAUUGAGAACUCUUUCAGUUGGUGCCUGUAUCCCCUUGGCAUGCCCCAAUUCAUUUGUUUUUUGAGUACCUCCUUUCCUGGCAUUAUAAGAUGCUCCAAGCUUCUCUUGUAUUUUCCCUGCCCGAGCCCUAGAAUUAACCAUGUGUCCAAGGAGCCCUGAUUUCUUCUCUUGGAGAAUGGUAUUUAGAAGUCAGUAUCUGGGUGCUGGAUGCUCAUUGUCUUUGAAAGGAAGGAGACAGAAAAAUGAAAAAUGUUAUAUACAAAGUUCAAAGAGCUAUGGAAGCAGCAAGGACAGAUCGACCACUUCUGCCAGGAGAAGACUUCACUGAAGAAAUGAUAACAAUUGGUGUAUAUGAUCCCUGUAACUUAGCCCAGUACCCUGGAUGGCCUUUGAGGAAUUUUUUGGUCCUAGCAGCCCACAGAUGGAGUAGCAGUUUCCAGUCUGUUGAAGUUCUUUGCUUCCGUGACCGUACCAUGCAGGGGGCGCGAGACGUUGCCCACAGCAUCAUCUUCGAAGUGAAGCUUCCAGAAAUGGCAUUUAGCCCAGAUUGUCCUAAAGCAGUUGGAUGGGAAAAGAACCAGAAAGGAGGCAUGGGACCAAGGAUGGUGAACCUCAGUGAAUGUAUGGACCCUAAAAGGUUAGCUGAGUCAUCAGUGAAUCUAAAUCUCAAACUGAUGUGUUGGAGAUUGGUUCCUACUUUAGACUUGGACAAGGUUGUGUCUGUCAAAUGUCUGCUGCUUGGAGCCGGCACCUUGGGUUGCAAUGUAGCUAGGACGUUGAUGGGUUGGGGCGUGAGACACAUCACAUUUGUGGACAAUGCCAAGAUCUCCUACUCCAAUCCUGUAAGGCAACCUCUCUAUGAGUUUGAAGAUUGCCUAGUGGGUGGUAAGCCCAAGGCUCUGGCUGCAGCAGACCGGCUCCAGAAAAUAUUCCCCGGUGUGAAUGCCAGAGGAUUCAACAUGAGCAUACCCAUGCCUGGGCAUCCAGUGAACUUCUCCAGUGUCACUCUGGAGCAAGCCCGCAGAGAUGUGGAGCAACUGGAGCAGCUCAUUGAAAGCCAUGAUGUCAUUUUCCUGUUGAUGGACACCAGGGAGAGCAGGUGGCUUCCUGCUGUCAUUGCUGCAAGCAAGAGAAAGCUGGUCAUCAAUGCUGCUUUGGGAUUUGACACAUUUGUUGUCAUGAGACAUGGCCUAAAGAAACCAAAGCAGGAAGAUGCUGCGGACUUGUAUCCAAACCACCCUGUGGCAUCUGCUGACCUCCUGGGCUCAUCACUUUUUGCCAACAUCCCUGGUUACAAGCUUGGCUGCUAUUUCUGCAAUGAUGUGGUGGCCCCAGGAGAUUCAACCAGAGACCGGACCUUGGACCAGCAGUGUACUGUGAGUCGUCCAGGAUUGGCCAUGAUUGCAGGAGCCCUGGCUGUGGAAUUGAUGGUAUCUGUUUUGCAGCAUCCAGAAGGGGGCUAUGCCAUUGCCAGCAGCAGUGACGAUCGGAUGAAUGAGCCUCCAACCUCUCUUGGGCUUGUGCCUCACCAGAUCCGGGGAUUUCUGUCACGGUUUGAUAACGUCCUUCCCGUCAGCCUGGCAUUUGACAAAUGUACAGCUUGUUCUUCCAAAGUUCUUGAUCAAUAUGAACGAGAAGGAUUUAACUUCCUAGCCAAGGUGUUUAAUUCUUCACAUUCCUUCUUAGAAGACUUGACUGGUCUUACAUUGCUGCAUCAAGAAACCCAAGCUGCCGAGAUCUGGGACAUGAGCGACGACGAGACCAUCUGAGAUGGCCCCGCUGUGGGGCUGACUUCUCCCCGGCUGCCUGCUGAGGAGCUCUCCAUCACCAGAGCAGGACUGCUGACCCCAGGCUUGGUGAUUCUGGGCCCCUCCUCUCCAUACCCUGAGGACUGGGACCCCCUCCGCUGCCCAGGAGCGGCCAGUGUUCAGCGGUGCUCGGGAUUCAUGAUGCCACCAGUUCAGAGCUAAAUAAUAACCUAGGCUUCGGCCUUGCUAUUGACCUGGGA